CAAAUUAUGAAAAUAAAAUUAAUGACGAAGAAUUCAAAAUUCUGUACAGAAUUUACAUUCAUAUGAAAAUACAUUAUAUUUUUUAAUAUCAUUUUGAUCUAAAUUAAAAAUCCAAUUACUUUUCUGUUUAAUGUCUACGUAUAUAUUUAAUUUAUUUAAUAAUACAACUUUUGUUGAUAAAAAUCCUCCUUCCCAAAUACUUCUAUAUAAUUGUCUUUGCUAAUACAAACUUUAGGGAAACACCUAUAAUUACGUGUACCACAGGAGCUUUUAUCAUUGGAUAUGCAGAUAGAUCUGCAUUUUAUUGUUAGUGUACACAAGAUGCGAGUGUGCUCCUACUGGUAUACAAGAGGUAUGUAAGCUGUUAUCUGCAUUGAAAUGAUAUUUACCAGGAAUAAUUCUCUGUUAUGAUAAUUGACAACAGCUGCCUUUGCAGCUCUUAAUAAGUAGUAAUACAUCAUUAUUAGUCAUGCCAGUGAAAAGUCUUGUCAGGAAGAGCCACACAGAAUUUAAGCAACAACGUUUUUCUAAUACUACAUUAAGUGUAACGAUUUUAUAAGUCGUUCGUUCAUAUUUCUAUGAAACUUAAUUCCUUGCUCACAGAAUAAUCUUGUGCAUGUUCACAAAUGUUUUCAUUAAAAAAUAUAAACGCGUACAUUAUAAUACUGAUAUUAUAUGUGGUAUUCCAGACUGUAGAAACCACUCAAUUUUUAGUGAAAAAUGAUACCAGAGGAAAUCUAUCGUGUUCACUGUCAUUAACAACUUUGGACUUCAUUUACAAUUUCACAAAACCCGAUUUAGAAAAUGUGUGGCCAUGUGAAGUACGUUUUUACUGGUUAUCAUUGCAACCGUUUGUUAAUAUUGUGCGUUUCCUGCUUGGAUACAUAACGCCGUUGAUUAUAAUCCUCGGUGUGUUAUUAAACACUGUUUCUUUCAUGAUGCUAAGCACUCCUAUACUCUGCGAAUCAAACUUGUCACUUUACCUGAAAGCACUUGCAUUAUCUGAUAACGGAGCACUAAUUUUUAAUUAUGCUGUGGGUAUUGCAAAGUCUCAUUUUCCAUUCGUCAAUAAUCUCUUUAUGAAUAGCAGAUUUCUGUGCAGUCUGAAUUCUGUUACUAUGGAAUUCUUUCAAUUUACAUCAACUUGGCUCGUUGUAGCACUCACAUGGACACGAGUCUUUGCUAUCAUUUUCCCUUUUGGUAUACCUGGUAAUUGCAACAAUUGUUCUGAAAUGAUAACUAUAAUUACCUUAAUAUGCACCAGCUUUGUAAUAUCAUUAACAAAACUGUAUUCUGGAGGAUAUGAAACAGACAGUGUUUUUGAAUUCAUACCAUGUCAGAAAAAGAUCAAACCAUGGGGUAGUGCCAUGUAUUUUUACAUAGCUUUAUCAACUUGGCUACCUCUAUUGUUCAUAUUUGUUGGGAAUAUUUUGCUUAUUUGUCAUAUGAGAAAAACUGAAAGAAUUCGUUGCCAACUAACUCAAAAUUUCAAACAGAGAGCGAACAAAACGCAUCACACAUCUAGAAUACUGUUUGUAGUAUCAUCUGUUUAUUUAGUGCUCUUACUGCCUCUGGGCAUUGUUGAAACCUUGGAACUUUAUUGGGACAUUAUUCUGAUCAAAGAACCUACUUCUGAACCAAAGAAGAAAGCUGAGUAUAUACACUGGUUGAAGGAGAAAAUGUUAUUAAAAUGGUGCCGUGGUUUAUGCUUUCACGUAUACCACUGGAAUUUUGCAAUUAACUUCUUUUUGUAUUAUCUCACAGGUGAAAAGUUUAGGAACGUUGUGAUACAAAAAACGCAGCACUACAAACGUGUAUGUUCAAGACACAUUGAUAAAUGUAUCUCUUGUCCGAAAUACCCUAUGCACACAAAAUCUAUGCAAUGUUCAAAUGUAUUAUUGAUAAAAGUCAUAACACUAGGCGAACAUUCUAUUAACGACAGUGUUUCUAGACUGAACAAUGGUAGUACCGUGACAAAUAUUUAAAUGAUAGGAAAGAAAGAAAAGAGAAAAAAAUGAUCAAAGACUGUUAGUAUUAAACAUCAUAAAAUAUUUCCUCACAUACACAUUUUUUUAUUGUGUACUUUAUUACAUACUUCAUGGCAAGUUUUUACAAUUACUCCAUUCUUUGACCGACCUAUUUCGUUUUCAUUAUUGUUAUUAUUAUGCCACUUAAUUUACAAUCGGUAUCUUUGUUAUGUAGCGUAUUAAAUAAUUUUAUUAACAUACGUAGUAAAAUUUAUAUAACAAAAUAAUUUCGUAGAUGCAUGACACACAUACGCCCGAAUUAUAUUAUACACAAUAAUUAUUAUAGCAAUACUAAUUUUAAUUCUUUCCGCUAUAAUUAAUUAACCUUAUAAGUCGAAUAUGCUGGUCCCAAUAAAGGUCACUGAUUCAUAGAAA